AUGCCCGAUUUUAGUAUUACGGAUGCGUAUUUGAAGUUUUUGGAGGAAGAUCCGGAGAUGACCAUGCCUAUCGGUGCCAUCGAGGCACUGGUUCAGCUGUUAAAGGUCAAGAACCCUGAGACAGCAGCUGAGAUGAUCAAUAGAAUUAAGUGUGCAGCAGAAGAAUUGAUUCAGAGUAUUCCAAAUUCGAUUUCUUUGAGAGCAGGUUGUGAUAUAUUCAUGAGAUUUGUGUUGAGGAAUCUACAUCUAUAUGGUGACUGGGAAAGUUGUAAGCAGCACUUGAUUGAAAAUGGUCAGUUGUUUGUUUCAAGAGCUAAGAUGUCGAGAGACAAAAUUGCUGAAAUUGGUGUUGAUUUCAUUAGUGAUGACGAUAUAAUUUUGGUACAUGGGUUUUCCAGAGCAGUUAUGUCUUUGCUUACACAUGCAGCAAACAAUUUCAUUAGAUUCAGAUGUGUAGUGACAGAAUCAAGACCCACCGAACAAGGUCGUCAACUAUAUAACCUUUUGGUGGAAAAGGGAAUUUCUGUAACACUUGUUCCAGAUAGUGCUGUGGGAACUGUCAUUCAUAAAGUGGACAAGGUGUUUGUUGGUGCUGAAGGUGUUGCGGAAUCGGGUGGUAUUAUUAAUAUUGUGGGUACAUAUUCUGUUGGUGUACUUGCGCAAAAUGCCAGAAAACCAUUUUAUGUGGUUACAGAGAGUCACAAAUUUGUACGUAUGUUCCCGCUAUCGUCUGAUGACCUUCCUCUUGAUGGUGAGUACUUGGACUUCAGUCCACGUAACAGUGAAAAUGAAGACGCCCUACGGGGUCCAUUAAUUGAUUAUACAGGACACGAAUAUAUCACAGCUCUAAUAACAGACUUGGGUGUUUUAACACCAAGUGCUGUCUCCGAAGAAUUGAUUAAAAUGUGGUACGACUAA